AUGUAUUACAAACAAUAUUAUAGCUAUGAUACGGUAUAUACCCCAGUAUAUUAUCCAGGAUAUAUAUUAUAUGAAGCGCCCCGCUCAAAAGAUCCAUGUUGUAAUUUAGCUGAGGCAUUAUGUGAUUGUGUUGCUCUUACAAUAACAUCCGUUGCUUCAAUUUUUUUAUGUUCAGCUGACUUGUUAAUAAAAAGUUGUGAAGGCAGAUAA